CUAUCUGUCUGUUGGAGACCAUUCAAUAGAAAGCAUCGAACUUGGAUUCCUCUUAUGCCACUGUAAAUAUCACAUUUAAAUACUGUAUUUCUUUGUCGCACUGCUCUUUCUCGUCAUACAUUGAUUUCUAUCUACAGUCACCAGCCUACUUGCGUGCGCGCCUCUUUGGUAGGUCGAGAGAGAAAAUAAUCACUGCGCUCUGCAAACCGCAAAGCAAAUGAGUUGGGGGAGAAGUUUUGAGUGAGUGGGAAAGCCGUGCUUGCUCCUUGGACUGCAUACAAUGAGGAAAUUCUGAGGUGGCAUUCUUCGUUCAGUUACGCUUCCUUUGGUUGUAUGUAACUAAUGGCUAGCUCAUGAACCUGGAUCCUCUUGCGUGGAAUUCUGUUUUCACUUAGAACUCUGCUGCCUGGACAAAUGCAUACAAAUGCAUUUAGGAGCCCAACGGACAAGGAGUGGACACGUUUCUCCAACAGCAAUAACGAGAACCCUCCUCUUGCUCCUGUCAAUAUGCACAGUAGUACUGUCUGGAGAAGAAGACUACCGAGCACAAGGUGUCGAUAUCCUCCAUUGGCUGGGCCUCACCGGCAGCAGACACACCCUCUCCCCAGGGACCAGCUCCUCUUCCCCCUCCUCCUCCCUUUACUCUCCUUCUUCCUCUCCCCCAGGAGCCGGGGUCCUACUCAGCCCGGACGCCCACAUUGAAGCCACCACGGGGGGUCUGUUCCCGCCGGAGCUCGGUGAGGAGUUUUCUGUCGUGGUUAGCCUAAGCUCCUGGCGAGCGAACAAUGCUUUCCUUUUCAGUGUGCGUGACGGCAGGGACAAGCUGCAGUUUGGCAUCCAGCUGCUGCCCAGGAAGGUGGUGGUGUACACCGGCGAAAAGGCCUCUGUCUAUUUCACCUACAACGUACACGACGGGAGGCAGCACUCUUUCGCCGUGAGCGUGCGGCCGCGCUCAGUUUCGUUCCAUGCGGACUGCGGGGUGGUGCAGCAGCGAGAACAGACGCUGACCCGGGCACAUGUGCUGGGGUCCGGAUCCAGAGGCCUGCUCACCCUAGGAAGGAUGAAGUCUAAAGCAGCCCAGUUCCAUGGCCUCAUAUGCCAGCUGGACAUCUACCCCUCAGCCCAGGCUGCUGCGCAUUACUGCCACUACCUUAAAAAACAGUGCCGGCUGGCUGACACUUUCCGAUCGCCACCGCCACCCUCCAGCUUGGAUAUGGAGGUUUCUGGCUCCCUGGCUUUCUCCCCUAUUCCUCCUUCUCCAGCAUCCCAGACUGUGGUGGUGCCCCUCUCCCUGGCUGUAGACUCCCAGCAGUCCACCAACCUGGCCAGAUCAGCCCCCAGCCCCAGCCCCUCCCUGGAGGGGUCUGGAAUACCGUAUUUAAGCCCCUCAGAGCAGUCUCACCUGGGGGUCAGGAACCAGACCCAGAGCUUCCUGCUGGAGCACCUCACCUCUAUCCAUACACCCACAGCAGGCCCCAUUGGCUCAUCCUCAGGCACUCUAAGUGGGCUGAAGGCCAUGGGCAUCACACACAGGAGUACCAACUCCAGCUCCGGAUCCAGCCCAACAGGGGGCUCCACCAGGCAGUCUCCCCAGUCUGAGAAUGACACAGAGGAGGAGGAGGAGGAGAGGAGCCCCAGUAGGCCCCAACGGGUCACCACAGCCACCCCAGGCCUGAUCUCCCAUGUCAGGCAGAGCCGCUUGAAGGAGGGCCUGAGGAACAGCUCCAGGCCUAGAGACUCUCGGCCCCAGCCCACUAACCACCUCGUGGACACUAAGCUCAGACCCAACAGCACCACCCUGUACCGGGAGAACCAGGUGGACACCUCAGAGGAGCAUGGCCAGGAAGGGGCCUACGAUGUGGGCAUGGAAGGCUACGACUAUGGAUAUGAGGAACCAGACUACUUCUACAGAGACUAUGACGAGGCUUUUCCUGGCCCCAAAGGAGACCCAGGUCCUCCGGGUCCUCCUGGUCCCCGGGGUCUACCUGGUCCUGCUGGGAAGAGAGGAGCUCGGGGUCCUACUGGUCCACAUGGAAACCCCGGUUUGCCUGGUCCUCCUGGUACCAAGGGCUCCAAGGGCGAUCCAGGACUGUCCCCAGGUCAGGCCCCGCCAGGAGACAAGGGCGACAGAGGUCCACGAGGUGUUCUAGGUCCAGACGGGUUCGCAGGUCCAAUGGGUCCUAAGGGCUAUCCAGGGCCAUCAGGACAGCCAGGGGAACAGGGCAUACCAGGACUCCCAGGAGUGACUGGGGCUGCAGGUUACCCUGGCAGGCAGGGUUUGGCUGGGCCAGAAGGUAACCUAGGUCCUAAAGGUGUACGUGGUUUCAUUGGUCCUCCUGGUAUAGCUGGUCCACCAGGGCUAGAAGGGGAGAGAGGUAUUCCUGGUCCGGUUGGGAAGAAUGGUCCCAAAGGAAGACAGGGAGUUGUUGGGGGUGUUGGUGAAAGGGGCUCUCCUGGUCCUGAUGGUGACCAGGGGCUUGCUGGAGGUGCUGGCAUGGGGGGCUUUCCUGGCCUAAGGGGAGACCCAGGGCCUGAGGGACAGCGAGGACUGACUGGCAUAGUGGGAACUAUGGGCCUGGCGGGAAAUGCGGGGCUGCCUGGAUUGAAAGGUGAUAAGGGUGAACCUGGACUAAGGGGUGAACCGGGAGAGAUGGGUUACCAAGGUGACAAGGGUGCUGCUGGCUUGUCUGGACCUCCUGGACUCCGUGGGAAACCAGGUCCACCUGGUAAAAUGGGUGAGAUCGGACCACAGGGACCUCCUGGCCCACCAGGUCCUGAGGGUUUUCCUGGAGACAUCGGUGUGCCAGGUCCCAACGGCCCUCCUGGACCUAAGGGACUCCUAGGUGCCAGAGGGCCACAAGGACCCCCAGGGCCAAAAGGAACAGAGGGUGAUGAGGGACACCUUGGCCCACCUGGCGGCCCUGGCACCACUGGGAGAGUUGGAAGGAAAGGCUACAUAGGGGAACCUGGACCUGAGGGACUGAAGGGGGAGACGGGGGACCUUGGCGGCAUUGGAAAAAAUGGACCGCAAGGUCCAGCAGGCCUGAUCGGUACGUCAGGGGGAGCUGGAGAUCCUGGUGAAAAGGGUGACCGUGGUCCUGCAGGUCCGUUGGGUCCUCCUGGGGAGAUGGGGUCCAGGGGGUAUCCAGGCCUUCCAGGCGGACCUGGCGAUGUAGGUCUGCAAGGCCCAUUUGGUCCUCAGGGGCAGAGGGGUAUAACAGGGGUCCCGGGGUCAAAGGGCAGAAGGGGGCCGAGGGGUGCAGACGGUCCACUGGGGGAACCAGGGCCUGAGGGCACCAAGGGAGAGCAGGGGGAAGGUGGAACGAAAGGGGAGCCUGGGUUCAUAGGUAAAGCUGGCGGUCCAGGGGAGAGAGGCCUACCAGGGAAACCUGGGAAAGCUGGGAUCCCUGGCAGCACAGGAGAGAGGGGUGCCCAUGGUGAACCAGGGCCCAAAGGACCCGCGGGGGACGCAGGACCUGACGGAGAGCAAGGACAUGAGGGAGCUCCUGGCGGAGAGGGGGAGCCAGGUCCAGUUGGAGAACCUGGGAUAAAGGGCCAUGGGGGGCUGGUUGGAGGAGAGGGGGAACAAGGACAGCAGGGAAUGAGAGGUCUUCCAGGUCCUGCUGGUGAGGACGGGCCCCAGGGAAAAGAUGGACCAAAGGGAGAGCCAGGUGACUGUGGGCCCAUGGGCGAGGCAGGGGACAGGGGGAUAGAGGGAGACCCUGGGCCUCCUGGAACCACCGGAGUGGCUGGAAAACGGGGUUUCUCUGGUCCAGAGGGGAAACAGGGUCCCCCCGGCAACCGAGGACGGCAGGGCAAGAAGGGUGAGGCUGGCAAACCAGGUCCUAUCGGUGAGACAGGGGACAUCGGGGACAUCGGCCAAGAAGGAGGGAUGGGACUGAAAGGAGCCAGAGGAACCAGAGGCCCUGUGGGUCGUCCAGGAGUUAUGGGGCCUGAGGGGAUGCCUGGAAUUGCAGGAUACACAGGCCACGCCGGCAAACCAGGACCCAUAGGACCACCUGGACCCAAAGGUGAAAAGGGUUACCCUGGAGAAGACAGUAAGACCCCAGGACCUGCCGGGCCACUAGGUGAACCAGGUCUCCCGGGUGAGCGAGGAGACCGCGGAGAGCCUGGAGAUGAGGGAUAUCAGGGCCACACUGGCCUCACUGGACUUCGCGGGGCUGUUGGAGCACCAGGCCUUCCUGGAACACCAGGGGAAUCCGGAGAACCGGGCCCGAAAGGAGAAAUGGGAACUCAGGGCUUCGAAGGGAAGAAAGGAGCGAGAGGCCUGACUGGGACCGCUGGUGUUGAAGGCGAAGUUGGUUUACUUGGACCCAGAGGCAUGGAGGGAUACGCUGGGCCUGACGGUCCUCCAGGACUGGUUGGGUUACCAGGAUUUCCAGGGAAGACUGGGCGACAGGGCCAGCGUGGCACCGUGGGGCAGGAGGGGUCGGCAGGACUACCUGGUCCCAGGGGGGAACUUGGUCUGCCUGGGUUGGUCGGAGAGAGGGGGCCUGCUGGAGAGAAGGGGGAGACUGGCUUGGCAGGAGAGAGGGGGACGCCAGGAAUCAAAGGCAUGGAGGGCUCAUCCGGAGACCAAGGCAGGAUAGGAGACCCAGGACUCAAAGGACAACCAGGGGAGCCGGGAGACCUGGGGAUGAUUGGCUUCUCUGGUUUUCCAGGACCUAAGGGACCAAAUGGGGAUUGGGGUUUCAAAGGCAUACCUGGUCCUAAAGGUCCUGUUGGCAUUCUGGGUUUCAGUGGACCUGUUGGACCAGAAGGGAUGAUCGGCCCAAUGGGGAAACCUGGACCGAAGGGUCCAAGGGGAAGCCAUGGGGAAAUGGGACCCCAGGGGCCACAGGGACAUCCAGGGCCCAGAGGCCCCCCUGGUGCUCCUGGCCCGACCAGACGAAUCGAGUACAACUCUCUGUUUGAGUCCAAUGGUGCCUUGAGGACAGAGAUCUACCAGAACACGGAGAUGUCCCUCUCGGACCAGAAUGCAGGGAUCUUUAAGACCCUGCACUACCUGAGCAGUGUCAUCGAGAGCAUGAAGAAACCGCUCGGAACCCGGGAGAACCCGGCGCGGUUUUGCAAGGACCUGCUGGACUGCCAACAGAAGCUCUCUGACGGACUGUACUGGAUCGACCCUAACCUGGGAUGUCCGUCAGACACCAUUGAGGUCUUCUGUAACUUCACGGCAGGCGGGCAGACAUGUCUCCUCCCAGUAGCCUCUAACAAGCUGUCGUUCGGUGUGCAUAAGGUUCAGAUGAAGUUCCUCCACCUCUUGAGCACAGAGGCCAGUCAGGACAUUACCUUCCACUGUCUGAGUGACCCUCCCUUCAGCCCCACAAACACCUACAGUUCUGACGACCCAGGACAGGAGUAUCAGACCAGACCACCAAGGUUUAGGGGAUGGAACGGACAGAUGUUUGAGGCAGACACUCUACUUGAACCUCACAUGCUACUAGACGAAUGCAGGAUCCAAGAUGGCAGCUGGCACCAGUCACGCUUCUUCUUCCAUACUCAGGACAGCUACGAGCUCCCCAUCAUUGAUAUACAGGAGCAACCUUUGUCACAGUCCAACGAUCUGCGCCACCUCGAGGUGGGACCUGUCUGCUUCCUGUGAGGUCAUAAUCCAUCGCUAGCCUGCCUGUCCAAAAUAUAAACUAUAAAAAAUGAGUAUGGCAUAAGCAGGCCAAAAUGGCUGCUCACCAAACCAAAGAGAGAUCUCUAUAAGCCCAAGCAGAGUUGGUCAGGUCUGCUCCCCCACUUGGGAGACCCUUUAUGGAGUGUUAGCGAGUGUCAAACGCCCUGUCCAAUCGAUGGCAGACUUCUGUGGAAGAACUCAGUCCAUAGCAAACUAGGCCAGCUUACAGUAAGAUGGCCUCAGGAGAGCAGUGUAUACCAAUAUUUAUCAAAUAAAUGUGUAAAGUGUGUCUGUUUGGUUUUUGUUUUUCAAAAGGUGCUUGAGUUCGUUGGACAGUUGGUCCCUGAACUCAGGACAGGGCUCAUCCACACAACACCGUUCUAAAACUCAAAUCCUGUGCCUCCCUCCCUACUGCCCACCCCCAUCCUCCUUCUCCCCCAUAUUCGCCCUCCCAGCCAUCCUCAGAAGGGGCCUAGCUAUCCGAAGGAAAGCUCUAGGGGCUUUGUAACAGGAAUACUGUACAACAAAAGCUUCCUAAGAGUGCAAUAGCUUGUGAAUUAAGAGUGAGAGAUUUCAUAUUGCAAUUUCAAUCAAAGGUCAACUGCCAGCUCGGACCGCAAUUUAGUUUAUUUUUAAUGUUUGAAUCUGUUGUCCAACACAGCUGGAUGUUUACACCUUGGGUAAGUCCAAAAUGGCACCAUAUUCCCUAUGUAAUGCACUAGGUUUAACCAGGGCACAUAGAGCUCAAAUGUAGUGCACUAAAUCAGGAAUAUGGUUCUAUUUUGGACACUGCCCUUGAAAGAUGGUGCUCUACCUCCUGCUUGUAUGCCUUCUAUAGGUGCUAGUGUCAAGUAAUUCUUUGUCCUUAUGUACCGGUUACAUCAAGAUCUGUUGUAAGAGUACUUAUUUGAAAUUUAUAUGAAACAUUUGUUGAUGAAUUACAUAUUUUUUAGCUUUUACUCUUCAUUUUAUUUGGAAGGUGGUAACGUAACCUAUCAUUGGUGCUGCAACAGACACAAGAGCGUGAGACAUCAGUGA